AUGGUACAGAAGUCUGGGUUUUUGGUCUCUCAUGCUUUCUAUGCAAAUGAUUUGUUCAUUAUGGUUAAGGCUGACAUUUCGACUGCUAAAGCUAUUGAUGGGGUGUUUCAGAAAUUUCAUGAAGUGUCAGGUCCGGCUGUGAAUAAGGAGAAGAGUGCUGUCAUUUUUUCAAAGUCUGUGAGGAGUAAAAGGAGAUUACUUCAGGUUUUGCAGGUGAAAGUGGAGUCCUUUCCUAUUAAAUAUUUGGUAAUUCCAUUAGUUAAUAAAGGCUUGAGAAGUGCUAAUUGUAAGGGGAUUUUUGAUAAAGUUACUACUAGAUUGGAGCAUUGGAACACAAUUAAUCUGUCUCUUGCAGGGAGAAUAGAACUUCUCAGGAUUCUUGAUGUUGAUUUUGCAGCUAAAGUUGUUAUUUGUUGGGAUUUUGUGAACAAUAAGGAAGCUUCGUGGGUUAAGUGGAUGCAUGCCAGAUGGUCAUUUCCUCAAUUUUUUCUAGCUUCGGCUGUUACUUUUAUGGCUAAUAUUGUUGUGAAGUCUGGACAAGAUGAUAUUGAAUGGUCUCAGGGAAGAUUUAGCUUGAAGAAUGUAUGGGAAAUUUGUCGAGCUAGAGGACAGAUAGUGGGCUGGAAGGAGCUUUGUUGGAAAUUUUGUAGACCUCGAGCUGCUGUUUUGGUGGUCAUUAUUCUGCAAAAUAAAAACUUAUCUUGUUUUAAUUUACAGAGAAUGAGAUUUUCAGGUCCAUCUAUCUGUCAUAAUUGUUUCAAGGAGGAAGAAUCUAAUGACCAUUUGUUUUGCAAGUGCUCUUAUGUUUUGGAGGUUUGGCAGCAAGUGUUAGAUAAGUUGCACAUUUCAGUGGUGAGAUUUCAAGGUCUAAAUCAGUUUGUGGAGUGGAUUUUAUUGCAGGUUCAGGCCGAUUGUCUUAAGUCCAAAAUUAUGAAAGGAAUAUUUUGUGUUUUUAUCUGGAAAUUUUGGAUGGAGAGGAAUGUUUCUUUGCAUGGAGGUUCUAAGGAGCAGGCUUCAGUUGCUGCAAAUGUUAUUGUUUGGGAAGUCAUGCACUUCUUCUCAAUUGGAUUUGCUGAGUUGAUGAUUUUAUUUGAUGCUGCAUAG